ACAGCAGAACCACCCUUUUACUUCAACGUGUGGACAAAGGACAGCAAAUGCCGGUACUUACUGUGUCCAGGUACUUAAACAGUUGGACUGAACAAAUGUACCUCAGGAAUUAAGAAUUCUUCCUGGAAAGAGGCAAACCGCAGAGGCACAGUCUGAGCCUACAGAUAUUAUGGCAAACCUGUUGCGAACAAAGAACAUUUGAAGCGUUUGGUGUAGCUGGCUUACACAACGGCACACUGGACAGAAUACUGCAGUUUCCAGAUUGUUUGAACUUCUGUGGCCACACAGUACAGGACCCGAGACUGAAGCAGCAUAGGACCCACAGCGUCUGCAGCAUGGGCUGGUUCGCUAGGAUUGUCUGUCUUUUCGGGGGAGUAUUACUUACAGCAAGAGCGAACUAUCAAAAUGGGAAGAACAAUGUGCCAAGGCUGAAAUUAUCCUACAAAGAAAUGUUGGAAUCCAACAAUGUGAUCACUUUCAAUGGCUUGGCCAACAGCUCCAGUUAUCAUACCUUCCUUUUGGAUGAGGAACGGAGUAGGCUGUAUGUUGGAGCAAAGGAUCACAUAUUUUCAUUCAACCUGGUUAAUAUCAAGGAUUUUCAAAAGAUUGUGUGGCCAGUGUCUUACACCAGAAGGGAUGAAUGCAAGUGGGCUGGAAAAGAUAUCCUGAAAGAAUGUGCUAAUUUCAUCAAGGUGCUUAAGGCUUAUAAUCAGACUCAUUUGUACGCCUGUGGAACGGGGGCUUUUCAUCCAAUUUGCACCUACAUUGAAAUUGGACAUCAUCCUGAGGACAACAUUUUUAAGCUGGAAGACUCACAUUUUGAAAAUGGCCGUGGGAAGAGCCCAUAUGACCCUAAACUGCUGACGGCAUCUCUUUUAAUAGAUGGAGAAUUAUACUCUGGAACGGCAGCUGAUUUUAUGGGGCGAGACUUUGCUAUCUUCCGAACUCUUGGACACCACCACCCAAUCAGGACAGAGCAGCACGAUUCCAGGUGGCUCAAUGAUCCAAGGUUCAUUAGUGCCCACCUCAUCCCAGAAAGUGACAACCCUGAAGAUGACAAAGUGUAUUUUUUCUUCCGUGAAAAUGCGAUAGAUGGAGAACACACUGGAAAAGCCACUCACGCUAGAAUAGGUCAGAUAUGCAAGAAUGACUUCGGGGGCCACAGAAGUCUGGUGAAUAAAUGGACAACAUUCCUCAAAGCUCGUCUCAUUUGUUCGGUGCCAGGUCCAAAUGGCAUUGACACUCAUUUUGAUGAAUUGCAGGAUGUAUUCCUAAUGAAUUCUAAAGAUCCUAAAAAUCCAAUUGUAUAUGGAGUGUUUACAACUUCCAGUAACAUCUUCAAGGGGUCAGCCGUGUGCAUGUAUAGCAUGAGUGAUGUGAGAAGGGUGUUCCUGGGUCCAUAUGCUCACAGGGAUGGUCCCAACUACCAGUGGGUGCCUUAUCAAGGAAGAGUCCCCUACCCACGACCAGGAACUUGUCCCAGUAAAACAUUUGGUGGAUUUGAGUCUACAAAAGACCUUCCUGAUGAUGUUAUAACAUUUGCCAGAAGUCAUCCAGCCAUGUACAAUCCAGUGUUUCCUAUUAAUAACCGGCCGAUAAUGAUCAAAACAGAUGUAAAUUACCAGUUUACACAAAUUGUAGUAGAUCGAGUGGAUGCAGAAGAUGGCCAGUAUGAUGUCAUGUUUAUUGGAACAGAUGUUGGAACCGUUCUUAAAGUAGUUUCAAUUCCUAAGGAGACUUGGCAUGAUUUAGAAGAAGUUCUGCUGGAAGAAAUGACAGUUUUUCGGGAACCAACUGCUAUUUCAGCAAUGGAGCUUUCCACUAAGCAGCAACAACUAUAUAUUGGCUCUACUGUGGGAGUCACACAGCUCCCUUUACACAGAUGUGAUAUUUACGGGAAAGCCUGUGCAGAGUGCUGCCUCGCCCGAGACCCUUACUGUGCCUGGGAUGGCUCUUCAUGCUCUCGCUAUUUUCCUACUGCAAAGAGACGCACAAGACGACAAGAUAUAAGAAAUGGAGAUCCGCUGACUCACUGUUCAGACUUACAACACCAUGAUAAUCACCAUGGCCACAGCUUUGAAGAAAGAAUCAUCUAUGGAGUAGAAAAUAGUAGCACGUUCCUGGAAUGCAGUCCAAAAUCACAGCGAGCUCUGGUCUAUUGGCAAUUCCAGAGGCGAAAUGAAGAGCAAAAAGAAGAGAUCAGAGUGGAUGAUCAUAUCAUCAGGACCGAACAAGGCCUUCUAUUGCGUAGUCUGCAGCGGAAGGAUUCAGGCAAUUACCUCUGUCAUGCCGUGGAACACGGAUUCAUGCAAACUCUUCUUAAAGUGACCUUGGAAGUCAUUGACACAGAGCAUUUGGAAGAACUUCUUCAUAAAGAUGAUGAUGGAGAUGGCUCUAAGACCAAAGAAAUUUCCAACAGCAUGACACCUAGCCAGAAGGUCUGGUACAGAGACUUCAUGCAACUCAUCAACCACCCCAACCUGAACACAAUGGAUGAGUUCUGUGAACAAGUUUGGAAAAGGGACCGAAAACAGCGUCGGCAAAGGCCAGGACAUACCCAAGGGAACAGUAACAAAUGGAAGCACUUACAGGAAAAUAAGAAAGGUAGAAACAGGAGGACCCACGAAUUUGAGAGGGCACCCAGGAGUGUCUGAGCUGCAUUACCUCUAGAAACCUCAAACAAGUAGAAACUUGCCUAGACAAUAACUGGAAAAAAUGCAAUAUACAUGAACUUUUUUCAUGGCAUUAUGUGGAUGUUUACAAUGGUGGGAAGUGCAACUGAGUUCCACCAAUUAUAAAUUAAGUCCAUGAGUAACAUUACUAAUAGGCUUUCUUCCUAAUACCAACACUUAAUAGAGGUCAGGUGAACGCAGAUGUUCACGCUAGUGACUUAAUGUUUCCUAUGAGAUUUCACUAUACAGGUUUCGCUUUCUUCUUUGCCUGAGAAAUAAAAAUGUCAUUUGCCAUGUUGCCAUCUAAAGAAGAAAAACUGCAUCAGCAAAGCCAUUUUAUUGAACUAGAAGUUUUAAACUGCAUGGAUUUACUAAGCUGAUGAAUAUUCCAAAACACUGUUGGAUUCAAGGAUAUUUUUUGUCUACCAGCACUUGUGUUUAUAUGUACUGGAGGAGUAAAAUGAUACUGAAUUAAACGGUCUGUGGAAAUAUGAAAAACAUAAACCAUCCAUCAUCCAGAAGAAAAAUGAAUACACUGAUCUACUACUGAUGUCUUCUUCCAGCUUUGAUCUAAAGAUGUAUUUUAUUAAAACUAUAAUUUAAAUGUACCAUGACAAAUAUGCAGAAAAAAUUAGCUCUUUUCUAAGCUAGAGUAGGUUUUUGUCUUACAAUUAUUGUGCUAUGUAGUUUUUGUUUUUAAAAACUCCAGUUGUGUGCUGCUUUUUUUUAAACGUUUUCAGUUUUGCAAGAGGAAUAACCAAUAUUGUCCUAGAAACACAUAUACAUCAUUAACAACUAAUUCCUAAAAUCUGGAUAUAAAUUAUGCUUUAUUUCUCUGAGGAAUUAAAAAAAAAAACACUUCCCCUUCUUCAAAUAUUAUCUAAAUUAAUUAAAACCUGCAUAAUGUUCUUAGAAAAACAGAGCAUUUAACCGGAAAAAAAAGAGAAGAAAGAAAUAGAUUUGUAAAUGCAUUUUCUUGUACCUAAUGGAUCAAAAAAGAGAAAAGGAACUGCAUAUUUCAUGCAAAUAGUAAGCAUUGGUUUAAUUUAAUGUUAAUAGAAAAUGUCUUAAUUCUGCGCUUGAAUUCCUGCCUGAUAUCUGAGACAUAAAAACUCUCUCUCAUGACUCCAUUUGGAAUUUUAUCUGUCACUUAAUUUUUUUGAGAAGAGGGAGAUCAGUAAUAUUCAGAACAACCUCCUAAAAGCAAAUUUGCCAACUCUGUUUACAUUUUUAUCAGCUGCCUCUUAUCUCACCUUGUUUAAGACAAUUAUCUGUCUAAAGAACACAUGACUCUUUUCAGGUCAAUGGGAGUGACUUUUAUACAAACUAUUUUCCAGGACAUGGCUCACACUUAAAACAUGUAAAGCUCUUUGUCUCCUGCAACAACUUAUAAAAUAAGAUAAAAGAUUAUUAAUUAAGGGCUUGCCUGCUUCAUUGUCCUAAGAUGAUUCUUUGAGAAUCAUUGACUUCAAGAUGUAUAAGACCUUCAGCAUUGCAAUGCAGUUUCUUUUGCACUGCACUCAUCUUUCCAAGAAUUCCUCUCUGGGUCCUUCGUCAUGCACAAAAAUGCAAAGGAAACAUCUUAUUGCUAAUUAAUGAAAGCCGCAUUGAAAUUCUAACUCUAGCUGUCUUGGGAUUCUAAUUAACUCAGCAUUAAUUUCUCACCUCAGACUACAGUGAAUUUUUUAAAAAUUCUCUAUCAGCUGAAAUAUUUCACAGAUGGAAGCUCAUGUUUCAGUUUUAAUGAUUACUUUGAAUAAAUGAUUUUUUGACAUUUGUUUCAAAUGGGAGCCUAAAAAUAUUCUACAUUCAAUUUUAGGCUCCAAUGAUUAAUACAGUGUUACUUUUAGAAGUACAUCCUCAAAUGGUAGCUGAAUUUUAAAUGAUUUGAAGGACAGACUCCUGUAGAGGAAAAAAAAAAUGUUUGAGAUAUAAAUCAAAGAACCAAGAGUACUCCAAAAAUAGGUCAUUUAAAAAUUUUUCAUAGAGUAUCUUAACUGUACUAAAAUUCAGUGUUGCAUUUUAUUCUAAAUUUGCAGCUGAAACAUUUAUUUGCAAUAACAGAAGUAUCUUAUUAGUCCUCAAAAAUAAAGGAUUUGAAGGGGUAGAGAUUGUAUAACUUCAGGGAUGCCUUCCAAUAUCUGAAUGCAUUUUGUUUAGCAUUAUGAAAUACCCAUAGAAAGAAUGUAGAUUUCAACUAAGAGAAACAGAAACAAAUCCACUGACAUGUCAUUAUACAUCAUCAGGUCUAAGUUUUCGAAGAAAAUUAUAGAUAUAACAUGCAGGUAAAUAAGUCUUAUUACAGUCAUAAUCUUCUGCCAAUGUGUACUGAGGUGGGCAGUUUGCACAAAAAGUAAUUAAUGUCCCAUUUAAUUCAGUUUCAGUAGACUUUGACUUAUGCACGUAUCAUCAGAGUUGAAACUUUGUUAAGAGACUAAUGUGACCUUGAACAGAUUAUUACAGCAAUCUUAAAAUAGGAAAAAGGUACAGCACAGCAGAGAAAUUAUGGCCCAGUUGAAAUCAAACGCAAAAUGUAAAUGUACACUUACUGCUACAUUUUAUGUAUUAUUUAGUGAUUUUCAGUGGUAUGUGUUUAAUAUUUUUGCUACCUACACAUUAGGCAAAAGAGAUGUAAAUAAUUUUGAAAAGAAGAGGAAGGACAGUGUAAAAUGCAACUUUUUAUAGGUACUCCAUUUCAGUGUGUUCAACAUCAUCCUAAAAUGCAAGAUUUUCCCACAUAGGUAACAAGGUGGCUUAUGUGCUAUUUAAGGACAGAAGCUGUGUGCCCAUUCAAUCAGCAUGUUUUUUGCCAGGUAGUAAAUAUGUUCCAUAUCUGUAUUUAUCAUUGCAUUUCAGAUGGGAACUAGAAAACUGGAGAGAAAAAUGUAAUGAAACUGCUGCUGUAAAUUAUUCCUUUUAGCAUGUAUUCAGUUGCUAAAUACACAUUUCUUCAAAAUAUUUGAAUUCAGAUGUCUUUACUAUUCCAUGUAGCAUAUAGUGUCAAGGAACAUAAGUUUAGCAAAGGUUGAGAACCAAAGUCAGGUUGCUAGCAGAUUUCUUCAUUGUAGUCAUCUGUAAACUGAGCUCUAUACUUAUGGAGAUGAUGUGAAUUUAAUGCCCUUUAAAUUAAAUACUGUUAUUUUAUGUCAUACUUAAAAAGCAAAUAUGGGGAUGAAAUUCUAUAAUGUGUCAUUAUCAUAAUCAGUUUGGUUUCAUUCUGGAUCUACAAAGAUGCCUGAUAAUUGUUAUUGAAAUUGCCUAUCCUGAAGGUCAUAAGCAAGCAUUUUAUUAAUAUGGAGUGAUUAGUAUAACAUUUUGAAAUCUUUGUUUUAUGAAUUCAUCUUUUUAAACGCAAUCUGUGUUCACUUUAAUGGAAAUCUGUCAGGUUUCAUGGCUUCAAAGACACACGUAACAAAUAGGAUUCAACAUCAAUGUUAUAAUGUGUUAGAGAUAAGUUGGCCUAAUG